AUGUCUGGCAUUGCCGGCCUGCUCACCGAAAACAAGCACGCAUUCGUCGGCGAGCCAAUCUCGUUUCUCUUCUACCUCGAGCACACGGGCGACGACGCCAGUCUGUUCUGGAACCUAGGUGACCGGUUCAGCUUUGAGUCGACGAGCUUCCGCGUGGAGACUGACAUGGCGUCGUACGCGCUGGCGACGCUGAACACUACGAGCGACGUUGCUGUGGCCGUGAACGUUCGCGAGUACACGCACGUGUACCGCAGCGCCGGCAACUUUGUCGUCGCCGUCGACGCCAUCAAUGGCGGCACGCUGCAGUUUAUGUCGGAGGUCACGGUGGAGGUUCUACGCGACCCCAGCAGCUGCCUGCCUGAUGUCAAGGUGGUCAACGCGGGGCAGAAUGUGACGACGGCUCCGCGCUUCAAGCCACGCGACGAGUUCACGGUGACGUCGACGGUCGCGCUGCGCUGCACGCACGCCGCCGUCGCCUACGCGUGGUUCAUCUACCGGCUGCCCGCCGACAACCCGUUCCCGGUCGCGGAGAAUCUCGUUGCCAUGCCGACGGCGGUCGCGCAUGACCGCAGCUAUCUCGCGGUGCCUCGGGGCGCGCUCGCGGCCGGACACUACAUCGUCAAGGUGGACGUCACCGUGACAACCAGCAGCUACAGCGUGACAAAUAGUGACCAGCCAGGAACCAUCUCCAGACGUGGUGAUUUGACAUAUGCUCAUACUACAACAGGCCUGUUUCAGGGUUGGAUCUUUGUGGAGCAUUCGCCGCUGGUGGCGCUCAUCAGGGAUGGCUCAUCGAGGAGUCUGCCAUGGGAGGAGGAUGUGACAGUGGACGGAUCCAUCUCGUAUGACCCAGACACUAGCCUCCCUGACGAGGGUCUCCUCUACACAUGGUAUUGCCACGAAGAGGGAGCCGACCUAUCUGAUCCUGAUACGCUGGGUUGCUAUGCAUCGCAGACCAUACUUCUGCCUUUCAAUACCAACAUAAUCACAAUUCCUAAGCAAGCACUGCCUGAAUCACAGACAGUCGUGUUUGUCUUGGAGCUGAGUAAACCUGGCAGGGAGAGUCAGUGGGCGCAGCAGCUGGUUAUGACGGAGGCUGGAGAGCUACCAGCCGUUGCCAUCGCGUGUGCCAAAAACUGUGGUCCGAAGGUGAAAGUUGAGGAAAAGGCUGCGCUUGUGGUGACCUGUUCAAACUGCAAUGCUACAUCUUCUUUGACCUACACGUGGAGUAUGACUCCCGGGACCGAUAACUUUAAAACUGCGUUUGACUUCGACACCGAAGCGACGUUCAGCAGUGGGAGGGACAUGCUCAUCAUUAAGUGGGGAGCACUGCGCGAGGGAGAUGUAUACACAUUCAGGGUUGUAGGAUCGAGAGUUAGUGGGGCAUCGGGCUUUGCUGAGUAUACUCUCAGAGCUAACACCUCGCCAGUAAAUGGCGACUGUACAGUGUCACCAUCUGAAGGUACGGCGCUUGUCACGGACUUCGAGGUGCACUGCGACGGAUUCUGGGACGACGAUCUGCCGCUAAGCUAUGAGUUCUACUACAGGACAGGAGCAGAGUUCCUCGCAGAGAUCAACGGAAAUCGGGAGGUGAAGGGAACUCUAUUGUACUACAGUAUAGAUCCAUACAUGCCUCCAACCAUUUUGCCACCUGGAAUCGCUAGCAGGAACCACUUGGCAGAGAUUCUGGUGCUGGUUGCAGACUCGUACAAAUCCACAGUAUGGUCCUACCUCAACGUCACCGUGCACCCCAUGGAGGAGAGCAUACCGACCGCGAGCGGCGGCGGCGGCGGCGGCGAUGAGAGCAGUGCAGAGGAGGCGGUCACCAGGACGCUGAAGGCGCUCACCGUGACGACGACCGACGAUGGUCCGAGCAGGAUGCAGCGACUCGUGUCGUCUGGCGACAUGCAGGCUGCAGCUCAGCUCAUCAAUGUAGUCACUGCCAUCCUGAAUAGUAAGGCAGCGGUAGUAGCAGCUACUGAGGCGCCCCCUGUUGGCGUCACACACGUGCCGGCGGCAGCCACAACCCGUGAACCGAAAAGCAAGGAGGAGAUUCAACGGGAGAAGGCGAUACUUGAAGAAAAGGCAGAGAUUAGGACGUCCAUAGUGAAGGCGCUGCAGCAGACAUCAUUGCACAGUCUAGGUGCUCUCAAGCAGACGUCAUCCAUGCUGAGUCAAGUUACAGCUGUCAGUGAGGAGGUGUCUCCAGAAGCACAGGUGAUCGCUGUCAGCAUAUUUGAGGACAUGGGAAAAUUCGUUAAGACCAAGUCGCAGGAGCAUGGCAUCGAUGAUGUGGAGCUGCUAGAUACGGCCAAAGCAAGGAGGUUGGCGAUGAGUCGUUGCGUCAACAUUGAGGAUAUCACCGAGGCGAUAACUGAGGGCAGAAGCUGA